AUGUUGUCGAUUGUCAAUGGAUCCUCGACGAUACCGUUGAUUGCCGGCUCAUCAGAUCUAGUCAAUGACGCACUUAACUUUUACACCAAUGUUUUGGGAUUAAUAGAGCAUUCAAAAACAAACGAUACUGUCUACUUGUCAAAUGACGGCGUCCAGGUCAUUGUUGCCAUCACUUUAGAUGAGACAAAAGGCAACUCUGCUCAAGAAGUUAGCAAGAGGAGAGAAGAGAUUUUGUCUAAAUUGAACAUUGUCGAUUGGAGGUCGCUUGAUACAACAUAUGUCUUGAAAGUUGAAAAGCUCGUUGAUUUGGUUGAGCAAUUAAAGACAUUCAACUAUAAUGUGCAAAUAACUCCAAACGAAUUGUACCCAAAUGAAGUAUACUGUGUCGACCCAUUGGGCUACAUACUUGGUUUCACUGCAUGCGACGAGCCGUUGACAGUGGUGCCACCUUUACAAAAAGCCAGACCAAGAAUUGACUCGUCGAAAUUGGACUCGACAUUGAUGUCCACCACAGCAUCCGUGGCCAAAAAUGAUUUUGAUGCUGGCUCUGCAGCAGCAAACUUCCCAAGCAGAAGAAACAUUGCUGUGAUGACCUCCGGUGGUGAUGCGCCAGGUAUGAAUGCUGCAGUGAGAGCUGUGGUGAGAGCAGCAGUGUUUAGAGGUUGCAAAGCUUUUGCAAUCAAGGAAGGUUACGAAGGGCUUGUUCGAGGUGGAGAGAAAUACAUUACAGAAAUGAAAUGGCAGGAUGUGAGAGGUUUCUUGAGUGAUGGUGGUACAAAUAUUGGAACUGCUAGGUGCAUGGAAUUCAAGGAGCGAGAAGGUCGAUUGAAAGGAUGUCGUCACUUGAUUGAGGCGGGAAUUGACGGUUUAAUUGUUUGUGGAGGUGAUGGAUCAUUGACCGGUGCAGAUUUAUUUAGAUCUGAAUGGCCAUCAUUAAUCUCCGAACUUCGCGAAAGAAAGGAGAUUACAGAGGAACAAUAUGAAAGGCACAAACAUCUCUACAUCUGUGGUAUGGUGGGCUCCAUCGAUAAUGAUAUGGCCACAACUGACUCAACUAUUGGGUGUUACUCGGCAUUGGAAAGGAUAUGUCGUGCAGUUGAUUAUAUCGAUGCCACUGCCAACUCUCAUAGUCGAGCAUUUGUUGUUGAGGUGAUGGGUAGACAUUGUGGAUGGUUAGCAUUGAUGGCCGGUAUCGCAACAAGUGCAGACUAUAUUUUGAUUCCAGAAAAGCCUGCUUCAUCACAUGACUGGCAAGAUCAGAUGACUACAAUUGUGAAAAACCAUAGAGCUGCUGGUAAGAGAAAGACAAUUGUGAUUGUUGCCGAAGGUGCAAUUACUAUAGACUUGAAACCAAUUAGCUCAGAGGAUGUCAAGGACGUAUUGGUGGACCGUUUGGGUUUGGAUACGAGAAUUACUACAUUGGGACAUGUGCAAAGAGGUGGAUCGGCCGUCUCUUUUGAUAGGAUCUUGGCUACUCUCCAAGGUGUCGAAGCCGUUAAAGCAGUAUUGGAUUUGACGCCAGACACACCUUCACCCUUGAUUGCCAUUGAUGAGAAUCAAGUGGUGAGAAGGCCAUUGGUUGAGGCAGUCAAGAUUACCAAGUCUGUGGCACAAGCUAUUGCCGAAAGAGAUUUUGAAAAAGCCAUGUCCUUGAGGGAUUCUGAGUUUAAAGAACAUUUGGCUAAUUUUAUGGCAAUGAACAGUGCCUGUCACGAUAAACCAGUUUUGCCAGUGGAAAAAAGGAAAAAGAUUGCCAUCAUCAACAUUGGUGCUCCUGCUGGUGGUAUGAACUCAGCGACGUAUGCCAUGGCCACAUAUUGUAUGUCCCAAGGUCACACUCCAUAUGCUAUACAUAAUGGAUUUGCAGGUUUGUCAAGGCACGAGUCAGUGAAAUCUAUUGAGUGGAUUGAUAUCGAAGGAUGGAACAGUGUUGGUGGUUCAAACAUUGGUACAAAUAGGCAGACACCAGCCGAGACGGAUAUUGGUAUGGUUGCCCAUUACUUUGAAAAGUACCAAUUUGAUGGGUUGAUUAUUGUGGGAGGUUUUGAGGCUUUUGUUUCGUUGAAUCAACUUGAGCAGGCGAGAUCAAUGUAUCCUGCUUUCAGGAUCCCCAUGGUUUUGAUCCCAGCAACCAUUUCAAACAAUGUUCCUGGUACAGAAUAUUCGCUUGGUGCAGAUACAUGUUUAAACGCACUUAUGGACUAUUGUGAUAUCAUUAAACAGUCUGCAUCAGCAACUAGAGGCAGAGCGUUUGUUAUUGAAGUUCAAGGAGGAAACUCUGGUUAUAUUGCUACAUUUUCUGCAUUGGUGAGUGGAGCUCAAGCCUCUUAUGUUCCAGAAGAAGGAAUUCAUUUGCAACAAUUGGAAAUGGAUAUCAGCUCCUUGCGCGAAGGUUUUGCUGUCGAUAAAGACCUCACCAAAGCAGGUAAAUUGAUCAUCAAAUCUUCCAAUGCAUCAUCUGUACUCACUCCACAAGUGCUUGCUGAUAUAAUCAAUGCUGAAAGCAAAGGAGAGUUUGACACAAAGACCGCUAUCCCGGGACACGUUCAACAGGGUGGAUUGCCUUCACCUAUUGACCGUACUAGAGCCGAUAGAUUUGCCAUCAAGGCUGUGCAAUUCAUUGAGGAACACGCCGAUAUAAUGGAGCCUGUUAGAUACACGCUUGAUUUCCCACACGAUGAACCUAAGUAUGCAGAUACUGCAACUGUUCUUGGUGUUAAGUCGUCGCACUUGAAAUUUACUUCCAUCAGACGAUUGUUUGAUUUUGAGACUGAGUUGAAGAGAAGAAUGCCCAAAAAGGUGUUUUGGAGCAAGAUUAGAGACAUUGCCGAUGAUCUCGUUGGUAGAACAAGGUACAGAACAACAUGA